AUGUUCACCAUCAAAUUUGCUGUUACGUUCUCGUAUGGUUCCAUUUCGCUUCUUCUCGAAACCCUUAUUGUAUACAUGAUGUUCCGCUAUUGGAAAGAAUACAGUAAUUCAUUUUUCAAGUUGUAUAUAGCUUCUUACUUCUUCAACCUUAUAACAUUCUUAAACACGUUGAUCACUCUCAUAUAUUGGGACAAGAGUUUUGCAUUUAUAAUGGUUAUCAUCACGAUCUUCCCGUUUACUCAAACUUAUGAGGUUUUUCUCAAUCGGGCUUACUACACAUACACGGCUGUUCUCGAUUGCUAUGCUGUAAAGACGGAAGCUAACUCCGCACAAAUUUACAACAGUGUAUUUGCAUUUCUGAUUGUUUGCACCGCAAUAACAGCCAUCAUCAAUGUAUUAUCUGUUUGUCGAUUGGGAUUAAUGUCGGCGAAUAUUGCGACGGCAGAACGAAACCUGUUAUUCGUGAGCUUCGCCUCAUUCGUAAUUGAAUUAUUCGCUGCAUCGAAUACGGGUUUCAACAAGUUAUCGACUGGAAACCAGGACGCCCCUCUUUACAAAAUUGCCCAGACUCUUCUUCCGUUCACUAGUGAUGCGCUAACAUUUAACUCCCCAUGGGUUCUUCUAUUCAGCUCGAAGGUCCGCGAUUCUAUGAUGAAAUUGUUUUUUCCGAAAAGAUAUAGUCACGUCUCUGCCACCCAAACACCAGUCUUCGUGUCGACAGGUCGGCACUCUCUUCAUAUGUAUUAA